AUGAAUUGGCGACUCAUGUUCGCUGCAGUACUCGCUCUGCCCACCGUUCUCGGCGUCAGAUGGCACGGUAAGUACUCAGCUGCGCUCGCGACGCGACGCUCCACCGUACUGACUGUGUAUCCGACUUAAAGGUCUCAACAAAGCCGGUGAUCUGACUGAUCCUUCCACCCAAUUAAACCUCAUGGCUUAUCGCUGGAAUAACGCUUGUAGCAGCAUCAAAGGCUAUGGCGAGCUCAAGCCAAACGGAAUUGGGGAGAUCCUGUGCCACUGCACCUUGUGAGUAGAGCGAGACGAAUCGUGUUGCCAUGGCAAUGCUUCUGAACACCUACUCACGAUUGUUUGUCUGCCUUCGAUUUUGCAGCAAAGACACGCACAACAAAGAAUAUGACUACGCUCUUGGUACUGUGGCCUACCUGGGCGCACAUGGCUAUCCUGGCUGGAAAGUGUCGGAAGGCUACGAAGAUGAUGGGAAGCGCUGA